CUUGUCGAGUGAGUAAAGGACCUGCCAUUUACAGAUGAGGAGACUGCAACUGAGAGAGAGGAAGGAACCUCCCCAAGCUGGACACGCUCCCCAUUCGAGGUGAAACCAUGACGGGAAAAUACAAGAAAUAAUAAUGCUUUUCCGCAACCGCUUCUUGCUGCUGCUGGCCCUGGCUGCGCUGCUGGUCUUUGUGAGCCUCAGCCUGCAGUUCUUCCACCUGAUCCCCGUGUCGGCCACCAAUAAUGCAGUGAGCAGCAAGAGCCGCAAGAGGAUCAUGCCCGACCCGGUGACGGAGCCCCCGGUCACGGACCCCGUGUACGAGGCGCUCCUGUACUGCAACCUCCCGAGUGUGGCCGAGCGCAGCAUGGAAGGUCACGCCCCGCAUCACUUUAAGCUGGUCUCGGUGCACGUGUUCAUCCGCCACGGAGACAGGUACCCGCUGUAUGCCAUCCCCAAAACCAAGCGACUGGAAAUUGACUGCACUCUGGUGGCUAACAGGAAACCAUAUCACCCUAAACUGGAAGCUUUCGUUAGCCACAUGUCGAAAGGAUCCGGAGCCUCUUUCGAAAGCCCCUUGAACUCCCUGCCUCUCUACCCCAAUCACCCGCUGUGUGAGAUGGGCGAGCUCACGCAGACAGGUGUGGUACAGCAUCUGCAGAAUGGCCAGCUGCUUCGGGACAUCUAUCUCAAGAAACACAGGCUCCUGCCCAGCAACUGGGCCACAGACCAGCUCUACCUGGAGACCACCGGGAAAAGCCGGACCCUCCAGAGCGGGCUGGCCUUGCUGUACGGGUUUCUCCCCGAUUUCGACUGGAAGAAGAUCUAUUUCCGGCACCAGCCGAGCGCCCUGUUCUGUGCCGGAAGCUGCUAUUGCCCGCUGAGAAACCACUACCUGGAGCAGGAGCAGCAUCGCCAGUACCUCCUGCGUUUGAAGAACAGCCAGCUGGAGAGGACCUACGGCGAGAUGGCCAAGAUCGUGGACGUGCCCACCAAGCAGCUGCGAGCCGCCAACCCCAUCGACGCCAUGCUCUGCCACUUCUGCCACAACGUCAGCUUCCCCUGCACCCGGCACGGCUGCCUGGGCCUGGAGCACUUCAAGGUGAUCAAGACCCAUCAGAUAGAGGACGAGCGAGAGCGGCGCGAGAAGAAACUGUACCUCGGGUACUCGCUCCUGGGCGCCCACCCCAUCCUGAAUCAGACCGUCGGCCGGAUGCAGCGCGCUGCCCUGGGCGGGAGAGAAGAGAUCUUUGCCCUCUACUCUGCCCACGAUGUCACCCUGUCACCCGUUCUCAGCGCCUUGGGCCUGGCAGAAGCCAGGUUCCCGAGGUUUGCCGCCAGGCUGAUCUUUGAGCUUUGGCAAGACAGAGAAAAGCCCACGGAGCACUCCGUCCGGGUCCUCUACAAUGGGGUCGACGUCACAUUCCACACCUCCUUCUGCCAGGACCACCACAAGCGCUCGCCCAAGCCCAUGUGCCCCCUCGAGAACCUGGUGCGCUUUGUCCGGAGGGACAUGUUUCUGGCCCUGGAUGGCAGCAGUACCAGUUACCACGAGGCGUGUCAUAGGGAGGGGAUCUGACAGGCACGCGGCACAGCCCUGCAGCGUCGGCGCCAACGCAGGGAGCUGGGAAACACCCACUGCUAGUUCUGUGUCUUGCUAAAGGUCUUAGAGGAUUGGUUUUUAGAAAGGCUAGUAACUGUGUUUGGGAGCUGCGUAGAUGGUUCGGGUUAAAGAGCGAGCACGCUGCUGUAAUGUGGUACGUGAGUUUUGUGGUACAAAGUAGCCAGUUCGUAGAGAAGAGAAGGUACUUUAUCUAGGCAGGCGUGACCUACAGUACGAGAACACCAUUUCAGGGCCCGGAGCUGGGCAGGUACCGGGCGAUGGACCUGGCCAGAACGUUCUCCAUCCUGCACAGUCUUACCCCAGUCCUCGUUCCGUGACGUCCUGAAGUGAUUUAUCUAGAAAGGGGGGUGGCAGGUUUGUCCACAGAGGGCCAGAUAGUAAAGAUUUCAGUGUAUGCAGACCCAAAGGCUGCACACGGUCUCUGUGGUAGCUGCUCGACCCUGCUCAUUCGGCACAAAGGCAGCCGCUGAUGACAACGUGAUGUAGCAGGGGAAGGGGAUGGCGGGGGGGGAGCCCAUGUGGCUCGCGGGCUGUCGACUGCUGACCCCCGACGUGAGGAGCAGGCUCUGCUGUGACUGUGCGUACAGCACUUUGUAAGGCAGCUGAAUGCCCACAGUGACACUCGGUGGUUCGCCCGGGCUGCACCUGCCACUCUCACAAGACUGGAGGAGAAACAGAUGCCGAAUCAGAGCGAGAUGGUUAGAACACUACCUGAUGUUCAUGAUGAUUGUGGUACGAGGCAGUUUUCACUGUUUGUCUGCUGUGAUCUGUUUGCUGUAAAUGCUGAAACUUUUGUAUGCCACUUAGUAUUUUUAUAGCCUAGGAAAAUAUUUUCUAAGAGCAGUGUCAAACGUGUUGCUGUCCGGAUAGUCAGUAUGCAGUGUACUAUACCUGCUUGGUGGUGAGAAGAGGCUGCAUUCAGGCACUUUCUUCCCCAAAAAACUAAUGAAGACUCAUUCCCUUUGAUAAGUUGUAUAAUUGAAUCAACUUGUAAACCGUUUUCAUCAGUUUCAAGAGAGUGGUAAAUUCUGGUUGACUUUUAGACAAGUUUUUAGAAAAAAAAAAAAAACUUUGUUACUAGAUAGCUAAUCUUUAUAAGGUAUUUUGUAUAUUAGAAGCAAUGAUCAUUAAAUCUGUGAUU